CUGGCACUCAGGAGAUAAUUUUUCCCUUCAUGCACUGCCAAUUAAUAUGCAAAUGGACUGAUAAAUAUUUAUACAAUGAUUUAAAUUAUGCAGGGAGUGCUUUCAGUGUAUUCUGUAAAUGAAUUGUUCAUGGACUUCAAAGUGCUGGCUGCUGUGCUAACGAGGAGAGAUUUGCAUAAGGCCCUAAUCACGCGCAUACUGAUUAAGCUUCAUUAUGGAAACUGCCAGCUGCAAUCUUUGUUUCUAUUUUAUUACAAAAAGGGGAACUUUUCAUGCUUCAGUUGCCUUGACAAUGUCAGUCCUAGCUGGUAGGAGAGACUAAAACUCCUCUGAGCAACUGAAGUUUCCUUAUUCAUUUGAAGAUUGCUAUGGGGUAACUGAAGUUGUAUUUUGCUUCUCCCCCUAAUCCACUUUCCACCUCCCACCUUUGUUCUCUUAAGAACAUAGUGUAGAUUUAUUAGAAGUAGUAGUACCUUCUUUCCCCCACCCCAAACCGCUACCUGUUUCUUCCUUGCUUUGGACUGUCUGAACCUCUAGAAGAUUUCACAGCAAUGCUGGACUGCAGUGACUAUGUUCUAGACUCAAGAAUGAACAAUCCAUCAGAAACCAGUAAACCAUCUAUGGAGAGUGGAGAUGGCAGCACAGGCACACAAACCAAUGGUUUGGACUUUCAGAAGCAGCCUGUGCCUGUCGGAGGAGCAAUCUCAACAGCCCAGGCCCAGGCUUUCCUUGGGCAUCUCCAUCAGGUCCAGCUCGCUGGAACAAGUUUACAGGCUGCUGCUCAGUCUUUAAAUGUACAGUCUAAGUCUAAUGAAGAAUCCGGGGAUUCACAGCAGCCAAGCCAGCCUUCUCAGCAGCCUUCAGUGCAGGCAGCCAUCCCCCAGACCCAGCUUAUGCUGGCUGGAGGACAGAUAACCGGGCUUACUUUGACGCCAGCCCAGCAGCAGUUACUACUACAGCAGGCACAGGCACAGGCACAGCUGCUCGCUGCUGCAGUGCAGCAGCACUCCGCCAGCCAACAGCACAGCGCUGCUGGGGCCACCAUCUCAGCCUCCGCCGCCACGCCCAUGACGCAGAUCCCCCUGUCUCAGCCCAUACAGAUAGCACAGGAUCUGCAACAGCUGCAACAACUUCAGCAGCAGAAUCUCAACCUGCAGCAGUUUGUGUUGGUGCAUCCAACCACCAACUUGCAACCAGCGCAGUUUAUCAUCUCACAGACGCCCCAGGGCCAGCAGGGUCUCCUGCAAGCGCAAAAUCUUUUAACGCAACUACCUCAGCAAAGCCAAGCCAACCUCCUACAGUCGCAGCCAAGCAUCACCCUCACCUCCCAGCCAGCAACCCCCACACGCACAAUUGCAGCAACCCCGAUUCAGACACUUCCACAGAGCCAGUCAACACCAAAGCGAAUCGACACCCCCAGCUUGGAGGAGCCCAGUGACCUUGAGGAGCUUGAGCAGUUUGCCAAGACCUUCAAACAAAGACGAAUCAAACUUGGAUUCACUCAGGGCGAUGUUGGGCUCGCGAUGGGUAAACUGUAUGGAAAUGACUUCAGCCAAACUACCAUCUCUCGCUUUGAAGCCUUGAACCUCAGCUUUAAGAACAUGUGCAAGUUAAAGCCACUUUUGGAGAAGUGGCUAAAUGAUGCAGAGAACCUCUCAUCUGAUUCGGCUCUCUCCAGCCCAAGUGCCCUGAAUUCUCCAGGGCAGGGAAUUGAGGGCUUGAACCGUAGGAGGAAGAAACGCACCAGCAUAGAGACCAACAUCCGUGUGGCCUUAGAGAAGAGUUUCCUGGAGAAUCAAAAGCCUACCUCGGAAGAGAUCACCAUGAUUGCUGAUCAGCUCAAUAUGGAAAAGGAGGUGAUUCGUGUUUGGUUUUGUAACCGCCGCCAGAAAGAAAAAAGAAUCAACCCACCAAGCAGCGGUGGGACCAGCAGCUCACCUAUCAAAGCAAUUUUCCCCAGCCCAACCUCACUGGUGGCAACCACGCCAAGCCUUGUGACGAGCAGUGCAGCAACUACCCUCACCGUCAAUCCAGUCCUCCCUCUAACCAGCGCCACCGUAACCAAUCUCUCUGUUACAGGCACUACAGACACCACCUCCAACAACACUGCAACCGUGAUUUCCACAGCGCCGCCAGCUUCCUCGGCAGUCACGUCCCCCUCUCUGAGUCCCUCUCCUUCUGCCUCAGCCUCCACCUCCGAGGCAUCUAGUGCCAGUGAGACCAGCACAACACAGACCACCUCCACUCCUUUGUCCUCUCCUCUUGGGACCAGCCAGGUGAUGGUGACAGCGUCAGGGUUGCAAACAGCAGCAGCUGCCGCCCUCCAAGGAGCUGCACAGUUGCCAGCAAAUGCCAGUCUUGCUGCCAUGGCUGCCGCUGCAGGACUGAACCCAGGCCUGAUGGCACCCUCACAGUUUGCUGCUGGAGGUGCCUUACUCAGCCUCAACCCAGGGACCCUGGGCGGUGCCCUCAGCCCAGCUCUGAUGAGCAACAGUACCCUGGCAACUAUUCAAGCUCUUGCUUCUGGUGGCUCUCUUCCAAUAACAUCACUGGAUGCAACUGGGAACCUGGUAUUUGCCAAUGCGGGAGGAGCCCCCAACAUCGUGACUGCCCCUCUGUUCCUGAACCCUCAGAACCUGUCUCUGCUCACCAGCAACCCGGUUAGCUUGGUCUCUGCCGCUGCAGCCUCUGCAGGGAACUCUGGACCUGUUGCCAGCCUUCAUGCCACCUCCACCUCAGCUGAGUCCAUCCAGAACUCUCUCUUCACAGUGGCCUCUGCCAGCGGGGCUGCUGCCACCACCACCACUGCCUCCAAGGCACAGUGAGCUGGGCUGAGCGGGCUGCCUGUGGUCUUCGUCGCUCGCAGUGUGAUUGGGCUGUCAGCCAGGCCGAGACUGACAGAUGUGACUGGCUUCCUCUUGCCGUGUUGCAAGAGCAAGGGAGAGAAGGAGAAAACACACAUGGGAAAAAGCAAGGAUGGAGACAGGACAACAUUUGCCUAAUUUUGUAAUAAAACACUGUCUUUUCAGGAUUGCUUCAUGGAUUGGAGAACUUUCUAACCAAAAAUU